GUUUAUCGCAGAAAGCGUGGUGUUUUGAACCACUUUCCCCUAUGGCAAAACCUGAUUUCAAUUUCGCUCACACAUAAUUAAUUCGUCAUACACUUAAUCCACGCGCUCGGGGUCGAUAGCGACCAACGACAAGUACAAAGCAUAUCUUAAUUUGCAGCAAACCUUAGCAGUUACCAAAGUGUUUAGAAUUUCUAUUUUGAACGCAUCUAUACAAGAUGCGUGUGCUCUGUGCUUCAGUAUUAGUUAUUUCACUUGUGAUUUUUUGCAAUGGUGCACCUCAAUUACGAAUAUCCGAAAACACUCCGGAAAAUAUUGCCCGCUUGCAGAACCUCAAGCCCGGUGAGCUCGCGGAAGAGCUAAGCGGCCAAUUUGAAGGGGACAUCAUCCUCACCGAAGAGCAAUACGCGGAAGUGUCUCAGCGGAAUGGAAUGGUAGACGAGAGUUUCCGGUGGCCUUUGAACACUGUGUUCUACGAAAUUCAAGAGUUUUGGUACACCGAAGACCAGUUGCAGUAUAUUUUGGAAGGCAUGAGGACAAUUGAACAAGCAACCUGUAUCCGGUUCCUGCCACGUGGACCCAACAAUCAAGACUACGUCCUAAUCAACGGUUGGGAUUGGGGAUGCUCGGCUAAUGUGGGACGCAUCGGAGGAGCUCAGAUCAUUAACCUUCAACCUUAUCGGGUGGGCACUGGGUGCUUCCAGAUGGGAACCAUUGUGCACGAGCUAAUCCACAGCCUGGGCUUCUGGCACAUGCAGAGCACCUACAAUCGAGAUGACUACGUGGAAAUAGUUUGGGAGAAUAUCCAAGCCGGAUCGGAAAAGAAUUUUCGUCUGUUGGACUCGGAUUCUGCUAGUAACUUUGGCACUAUUUACGACUAUGGAAGUGUGAUGCACUAUAGUUCGACGGCGUUCAGCAUCAAUGGGGAGAAGACAAUUGUGGCCCGACUUGAUACCGACGAAGUAAUGGGUCAACGGGAAGGAAUGAGUGAAUCGGAUAUUUUGAAAAUCAAUAGGAUGUACAACUGUUGAACUCCAGGAGGGGGAAGAAAGCACCUCUCUCACUACCUGGAAAUGUAACGAAUCGCACAAUCAGGAACAAUAUGGAGCAAAAUUGUAAUAAUAAAAAAAAUAUGGAAGAACAGAUUUAC